AUGAUUGACACCAGUUCUUCCACGACGUUCUUCCUCUGGAAGCAUUGGUACGAGAAGGGUCAUCCAGGGAAGUGCAAGGACAUCAUCUUCGGUUGUUAUGAAUGCAGCCCUGAAGUUUGCAGUGAGGGAAAACUUUAUACACUACGUUUCGGACAUGGAGCCGAAGUAAGGAUCUUCGAGGAAUCUGCAACGGCCUAUUUCGGCCAAGCUGCCAGUGCCACUAUUACAUUCGGUCUGGUUGCUGAAUACACGUAUGGUCCCAAUGUACCAGUCCCUCAUGCUGGUUUCGGAUUGUUACCGAAACAGGAUCCAAAAUCACCAUAUGUACCGAUAAUAGAACAACUCCUCUCACAGAAGCUUAUCGAGAGUGAUAUCUUCUCGAUCUACCUCAAGCAUGAUGGAACUAAUUUAAGAGGGGAACUCCUUCUCGGUGGAUCAGAUCCUAGUAUUUAUAAAAGUCCGUUGGUCUAUGCAGUUAAUAAACCCAAGUGUUUACGAGUUACCGGUUUCUCCAUGGGAGGUGGAACGUAUCCUGUAAUGGCCGUGAAUGAUCCUGGUAUCAUCGAUAGUGGGGCAGAGUGCAUACUCAUACAUAAACGUCGGUAUACUCUUCCUAAGCUCAUACAAGAUCUUGAGGCUCGAUCAAGCAGUAAGGUGACGAUUACCCAAAGCGGUACUAAGCUUAUCGUCGAUUGUAAUCAACGACAACACCUUCCACCGAUAGAAUUUCUUCUAAAGGGUGAAGAUAAUUCGGAUGUCAAGGUGAAGAUCCCCUCUGAUGCAUAUGUGAAUGUGAGAACGGAUGCUCAAGGGCAAGCUUAUUGUCGCGUACUUCUUGACGUGGCUGAGUAUCCCAUAUGGGUUAUUGGACUCCCUAGCUUCAUUGGACAUUAUAUCUUGUAUGACUGGAAGAAUGGUAGGAUAGGUAUUAGUGAACUCAAGUAG